AUGCCUCAGUUGCUGAAAAUCGGAGUGUCCCAAUCGCGCACACUCUCGUCCCUGCAAGAGACCCUGUCGGCCCUGCGUGAAACCACCCAAUCGGCCGCCCAGAGGGAUGUGUCCAUACUUCUCUUCCCUGAGGCCUACCUAGGCGGAUACCCGAGAACGUGUUCCUUCGGCGCAGCUGUCGGGGCACGCACAGACACCGGCCGUGAUCAGUUUCUCGCCUACACUAAAUCCGCGGUGGACUUAGGCGACACCCCGCAAGGAGCUGGAGAUGACUGGAUCGAGCGAAAGCUGUCAGUAAACAAAGAGACGGGCCGAAGAGGAGACGGGACGAGAGAGUUUCUCGAAGAGGUAGCACGAGAGACAGGCGUGUUCAUUGUUACUGGGCUCAUUGAGAAGGCAGGAGGAAGUCUCUAUUGUGCGGCGGUAUAUGUCGACCCUAAAAGAGGAGUCAUAGGGAAGAGAAGGAAGAUCAUGCCGACGGGUUCGGAGCGACUGGUGUGGGCGCAAGGUCAGCCAUCCACACUAAAGGCGGUCGCUACAACCAUUAAGGGAAUUAGAGUGGUCAUGGGAUGUGCUAUAUGCUGGGAGAAUUUUAUGCCCCUAUUACGCUACAGUCUCUACAGUCAAGGCGUCAAUCUAUGGUUGGCGCCUACAGCGGAUGCGAGGGACACGUGGGAACCGCUGAUGAGGACUGUUGCCGGCGAGGGCCGCUGUUUCGUUCUUACCACCAACCAAUGUCUCAAGAGGAAGGACCUGCCUCCUUGGAUCACGGGCGAUCCGAGGGAGUGGUUGUCAAAACGGUCAAAGCACGAGUCGGAAACGUUGAUGAAUGGCACUACUGUUCCAGACCACCAUACCGCGACGAGUGGCCGGAGAUUGUCCAUGACACGCACAGAGGAAAACCAUGAGAUAGCAUGGCGCUGCAAAGACGCUCCGAUCGACGAAAGCAAGCCUCUCCACGAUGGCGAAGACUUCGUCUCCCGGGGCGGCGCCUGCAUCGUCAACCCGCUAGGCCAGACCAUUGCAGGGCCGGUAUGGGAGAAAGACAACGAACUCUUGUGGGCGGAAGUGGACUUCGAUGACUGUGAAAGGGGGCAUUUGGAUUUUGACGCCACGGGCCAUUAUGCGCGCCCGGACGCGUUCAAAUUGACGGUAGAGGGGUUGGAGUUGGUCCCGCCCCCUUGA